AUGGCGGGACGCCAUGAGCAUGAGCAUGCACCUGCAAAUGCACACGAGUUGUCUCGAGUCGAAGACGCCAGUUAUGAAUCCGGUCUGUCGAGCUCGGAUUCAGACUCUAUAGAUACGCAGCCGCGACGGAGACAAGGAUCAACUGCUAGUACUCUGCAGACGAGGUCGAGUUCUCGAACGAGACCGGCUGAGAUCAGUCGCAUAUACUCUGGCGUGCAUCUCGACGACCAUUCCGUCUAUCAGGGCGAGGACGAUCAUGAUAGUUUAGGGGAGGAGAGUAAUGAGAAAGAUGCGAAUCCCGAAGUGGAGGUCGACAACGGAAUCGUCACCGAGAAAGAUCGAGACCUGGAGGCAAACAGACAGGGUGCAACAGCUGAGAUAGAGAAGUCUCGAACAGGGCGCUCGGCGCAGUCCUCAGACCCCAAACUGGUUACGUGGAAUGGUCCUGACGAUCCUGAGAACCCCAAAAAUUGGCCCAUGAAGAAGAAAUGGGCGAUUGUGGUAACGGUUUCGUGCUUUACGUUCAUCUCGCCGGUUUCAUCAUCCAUGGUGGCGCCAGCGUUGACUACUUUGGCCCGAGAUCUGGGGAUCACGGAUGCGAUAGAGUCCCAGCUUACGCUGUCCAUCUUUGUUCUAGCCUACGCCUUUGGACCGCUCUUCCUCGGGCCUCUGUCUGAGAUCUAUGGGAGGAUGAUGGUUCUGCAACUGGCCAAUCUGUUUUACCUGGUGUUCAAUAUCGCCUGUGGUGUUGCGAAGACCAAGGCGCAGAUGAUCGUCUUUCGCUUCUUUGCUGGCUUAGGCGGCAGUGCUCCCCUAGCGAUUGGCGGUGGCGUUUUAUCAGACUGCUUCCGACCCGAAGAACGAGGCAAGAGUGUUGCCAUUUACAGUCUUGCUCCCCUCCUCGGCCCAGCAGUCGGCCCUAUUGCCGGUGGAUUUAUCGCAGAGAACACAACCUGGCGCUGGGUGUUCUAUGCAACCACUAUCGCCGACGGCGUCAUUCAGAUCGCAGGCCUGAUCUUAUUGAAGGAGACCUACGCGCCCAAGAUUUUGCGAACGCGGGCAAUAAGACUCCGCAAGGAGACCGGUGAUCUAUCCUACCAAACCGAAGUCGAGCGCCAAAAAAAGACCCUCAGCGAGACCAUCCGCUCAGCUCUCAUCCGCCCCUUCCGCCUCCUGUUUACGCAGCCCAUCGUCCAAGCCAUUGCCGUGUACCUCGCCUACACCUACGGAAUAAUGUACCUCGUCCUCUCCACGUUCCCGAGCCUAUGGACUGGCGAACAAUACUAUAAUGAAUCCAUCGGCAUCGGCGGCCUAAACUAUAUCUCCCUCGGAAUUGGCUUCUGGCUGGGCUCUCAGAUCUGUGCUCCACUCAACGACCGCAUUUACCGCAGCCUGAAAGCCCGCAACAACGGCGUUGGCAAACCCGAGUUUCGCGUCCCACUCCUCUGCGUCCCGGCCUUCCUCACCCCUGCCGGCCUCUUCAUCUACGGCUGGACAGGUCAGUACCAAACACACUGGAUAGCGCCGAACAUUGGCGCGGCGAUUUUCGGCAUGGGAACGAUCGUCACCUUCCAAUGCGCGCAAACAUACAUGAUCGACUCGUAUACGAGAUUCGCGGCGAGCGCGUUGGCAGCGAGUGCGUUUUUGCGGUCAAUUUGCGGCUUCGCGUUUCCGCUUUUCGCACCGUAUAUGUAUGACGCGUUGCAUUAUGGAUGGGGGAAUAGUUUGCUAGGCUUCAUCAGCUUGGGUUUGGGAAUCCCGGCGCCAGUAUUUCUUUGGAAGUUUGGGGCGUUGCUGAGGAAGAAGAGUACAUAUGCGGCGGGUUGACACACACAAUACUUAUCAGAGUAUCUAUUAAUUACACACUUUAUUCACACU